GUGCAGCAUCUGUUUCGGUGUUCUCUCAGCCUUGCAAGCCUACGACAACCAAUCGAUCACUGGCAGCUGCCACUGCCUUUACCGAGUCGUACCUGGAAUGGUUUGCAGAAGCGCAGACGGCAGCGGACGAAGGGCGGCUGCGGUUUGCGGAGCGGCAAGAGUACCCGUCUCUGUGGGAGACGGAGGAGAUGCAGGCUGCCAUGCAGGAGAAGUUGGAGCUGGCGCGGGCAGAGGAAGAUGAAGAGGAGCCCGUCGUGUCUCCAGGAAAAGCCCAAGAAGAGGCGAGAGGUGGAUCGGUACCUGCAGCAAGACUUCGUGAAGAUAACCACUGCCGCGAGCUAGAAGCUGCGGAUGUCGACGACGAAGAGGAGCACGAGGAGGCGCAGCUGGAGGGUGCUACCAGAUGUCCCUCCCAUGUGUUUCAGCCCAUCAUCUUUCGGCCGAAUCCGGACGAACAGCGGCGGCUGCUGCAGCUAGACUAUCAAGCCAGGAAAAACCGAUACACGAGUGAAUUUCUGGAGGAGACUUGGCUCCAGCAGGAUGCUUUCGAGGUGGCACGGGCUGCACCCAAGGAGUUGCACAAAUAUAAAGCUCUGUUCACGGCGCUCAGCUCCUUGGAGGACGAUCGGUCAGAGAAGCUGGAGUCGCUGCGAGAGCAAAAGCCAAACGAAGAGGAGGCGGAGGACGCGGACGACAGCCACUUGAAGCGGUUGCGAGCGUGGCUGCCGCGACUGCCGCGAGACUGUGUGCGAUUCGCGGAUCAGACAGUGUAUGGAAAACCUUCCGAACUGUUGGCGGACAUGAUGCUUGCUUUGCCGGCGAACGAGAAGCUGAAUGAAGAUCAGGAGCUGUUCAUGUGGCGGUUUGGCGACGUUCUGAACACGGUUUACGAUGAGGAACAGCGAUUGGCGCCGCACAAGCGCGGUGUGUAUCACAUGCUUCUGUUAGGACAAAGCGGUUCCGGUAAAACGCACGUGGUGCAGAAUCUCAUCUUUCCUGUUGUUUUGUUUAUCUGGCCACCAGAAGAUGGCAGCGAGACUCUUCGAGUGGUGGCUGCCAAGAACUCACAGGCUAAGAACAUUUCGACGUCCUCUGUGCGAGCCACGACGGUGCAUGCUGCCGCUUGCAUGCGGGUCCAGAACCUGUCGAAUGGCAACCUGACGGCCGGCUCCAAGGAGAAGGCGUUGCGGACAAUGUGGCAGAGCUGUCGCGUGCUGAUCUUGGAGGAGAUCAGCAUGGUUGCUGCUAUGUUGUACAACAUGUUGGACUAUCGUUCCAUGCUGAGUCAUGAUGUGAACCCGCAGACGUACACUCGGAUUGGUUGUGCUUUUGGUCGCGUUCCCAUAGUUUUGCAUUUGGGAGAUUUCUUGCAGCUGCGUCCCACUGCUCAGCUGUCGCUCCUGGAUGAUUUGAAGGCGAGAGACGAGGAUGGCUGUUUGCUGCAUUCUGAUGUCCCGCCAGAAGUUCAGCAUGCGCAGCAAGUGUUCGCAAACAUUCAAGAUGUGUUCGAGCUGCGGGGCACGAAGCGUUUCAAAGAUGGCGAUCCAUUGAUCGAGCUGUUGCAGUGCAUGCGCGCAGGCCGUCAGUUGUCCGAAGGACUGUGGUUGGCUUUCCAGCAAAGGUUCGUGACGGAUGCUGGUCCGGGCAAGCCAGAUGCCAGACUCCAGGACGAAAACUUCCGCUCUGGCUAUUGCAUGUCCAUCUAUUGGGCCUCCUUGUCUCGGAUGCUUUUCCGCCGUGCUAUCCUGGACGCAGCGCGAGGGAGUGUUCCGCUCGUGUUGCUGCAGUGUGCCGACGAGUGCUCCGGUUGCGUUUCGGUUGCUGAAUCAGCCUAA